CUUCUGCCUCUCUGGUAAUAUGGUUUUUGUUGCCGUUUCCAUCGAGCCUGCAUGAAAGUGAACAGAUUUGUGAGAGAACGUCUGCUGUAAAUCAGUCAUGAGCUCCAGCCUGGUCAACUCUUUAGCCAAAGUCUAUGAUCCAAAGCCUCUUCAUGGUCAGAAGCCUGGUGGAAGGAAGCUCUCACUUAAUGGAUCAGACAAGUCCCAAGCUUCUUCUUCAUCAUCACCUUCCUCGCCCAAUCAUGACGCCACUCUGCGCUGCGUGGAGAGCAGAAUGGACUCACUGAGCUCCCAGAUGGAGCGCUUGCUCAGCAUGCAGCAGACCGUCUUGACCCGGCUGGAUGGCCUGUCCCUGGACGUCAGGGGCAUGGGUCGGGAUCUGGCCUCUAUGCGAGAAGAGGGCCACGGGGGCAGACGCGGGCCUGGGGCGGACACGGCGUGCAGAGAGCUGCGUGGGGCCGUGGAGAAGGCCGGCGAGUGGAUGGAGAGUCAGGGACGCAGGCUGGAAGGGGUGGAGAGGCUGGUGGAGGGCACCCAGCAGGUGAUCAGCUUCAUUGGGGAGGUGGUGAAGAGCUCCAGGCUGGUGGAGCUGCUCUUUAAACAGCCGGGAAAGAAGGCUAACAAGAAGGCAAAGGAUGACAAGGAUAAAGCCAAACUGAGCCUUAAGGGCUUGAAAGCCCAGAAGAAGAGGAGACCUACGGACACGUCAGACACUUCCUCGCUGAACGAGCCUGUGCUGCAGGAACAGGUGGAAAAGCUCAACAGGCAGAACGCUGAGCUUUCCAAUGGACAGGCAGAGGAUGACAGUCAGAUUGGGGAGGACCGGGGAAGUGGAGGAAAAAGACAGGAGUCGACGGAGCUGAUCCUGGAAGGUUCACACACCUCUACUGCCCAGUCAGAAAAGGAGAAAGAAGAGGAAGCGGAGGGGAGUGUCUUUGAGGAGUCAGAGGAAGAGGAGGAAAAGGCAGAAGAACAGGAUGUAAAAGUGGAGGAUGAUGGGACGGAAAAGAGUAAAGGAGAGGCAGAAGAGUCGGAAAAGGCCCCGAGUGCCAUCACAGAUAUCUGCACAACCUCUCUCCUACCACAGGAAAGCUGUGAGGAGGUCGGCGAUGUGGCCACUUGCAGCAAACGUCGUGUCACAGAAGAAGACCUGGUGAAGGACGACCUCAAGAAGAGCCGAGUGGAAGAGAGUGAAGCUGCUGACGGAGAGGUGGUGAAAGGCAGCGAGCCUCGGGCCUCCAAGUCUGACGAAGUAAAGGCAGAGGUGGAAGAGGAGGGGAAGGAGGAAGAGUCAGCGGUGAAGGAAUUUGUUAUUGACAUGAGCCCUCCACCGUUGGCACCUUUUGAACACCGCAUCGUGACUCCCAAACCCCAUCCGAUAGCCACCUAUUACACCAUCAACAGGGACGAGGUCCUGGGAGGGGGACGUUUUGGACAAGUCCACAAGUGCGUGGAGAACUCGUCUGGUAUGAUGUUGGCUGCCAAGAUCAUCAAGGCCAAGAGCCAGAAAGAGAAGGAUGUGGUGAGGAAUGAGGUCCAGGUGAUGAACCAGCUCAACCACGCCAACCUCAUCCAGCUGUACGCCGCCUUUGAGUCGCGCCAUGACAUCAUCCUGGUCAUGGAAUAUGUGGAGGGAGGGGAGCUGUUUGACCGCAUCAUCGAUGAGAACUACAACCUGACAGAGCUGGACACGGUGCUGUUUAUACGCCAGAUCUGUGAAGGGCUGCAGUACAUGCAUAAGAUGUACAUCCUACAUCUGGACCUCAAGCCAGAGAACAUUCUUUGUGUCAGCAGAGCUACUAACAAGAUUAAAAUCAUUGACUUUGGCCUGGCCAGGAGGUAUAAACCCCGGGAGAAGCUGAGGGUCAACUUUGGAACGCCUGAAUUCUUAGCUCCUGAAGUCAUCAACUAUGAGUUUGUUUCAUUCCCCACUGACAUGUGGAGCCUCGGUGUCAUCACUUACAUGCUGCUCAGUGGCUUGUCUCCGUUUCUGGGGGACGACGACAACGAGACACUGAACAACAUCCUGGCCUGCCAGUGGAACUUUGAGGAGGAGGAGUUCACGGACAUCUCCGACGAGGCCAAAGACUUCAUCACCCUUCUGCUGGUGAAGAGCAAGAGCUGGAGGAUGAGUGCAACAGAGUCCCUCAGACACCCCUGGCUGUCAGACCGGAGUCUGCAUCACCGACUAAGCCAGAAGAAAAACAAGUGCCACUCCACACAUGCUCCUUCUCCGGAGAGCCAGACAGAAACACUGUGAGGCCAUCAGCAUGCCUUUUUGACAACGUAGGGCCCUGGAGCUCAACACUGGACCAAUGCUGCUGUACCUGUAUGGCUACUGGAUAACUGCGCUCGCAUCCUCAUGUUAGCUUAGCUCCACAGCUUGUAGUUCUGACCUGAAUAGUCUGAGGCCCCCAGGAGAAAAACAGACUUUUCUUUUUAACGCUGCGGUGGAGGCACGAACCAUCUGCUAGCAUGCUUACUGUCAAUGUAGAGCACGAAACUUCCGACUGACCCAGCGAGGACUCGCUCGCUCUAUGGUGGUGUGUAGAACGACCCGUAUCGCAAUGGUGAGUCCAAAAUAAUAGAGACUAAAGACCUGAAUUACUUGUCACUUCUACAACUUCCACAUGUACCACUGAAAAGGUAAAGGAAAAACUGAAAAUCAGCAUCAGACAGACGCUGUUAUUCUCCCUCUGACAGUGAUCAGUUUGUCAUGUUUUGUUGCAUGUUUUGCACCUUUUGGCCUAUUUCUACAAGAUUUAUCAAACAACUUUAAGCAAAAAUAUAGACAGACUGCUAUUAUUUAAAUAAUAUAUUUUUGUGAAUACAGAUUUUUCUUUCUUUCUUUUAAUUUACAAGUCUUAUAAAAUGUUAUUCUUUCUUGAACAUAAGGUAAAAAUACAUGCAGAACUUGGUUGAAGUCACAGUCACACCACAUUAAUUUAUUUUGUACAGCAUAUAACACAACACUCUCAUUCCCCCUGAAAAGUGAGGAUAUCUCAAUGACUGAAUACUUCCUGGUUUCGAGCCCACAUUUCUGGUACAUUUCUACCGUAGACUGGAUCGCCUUCUGUUUGCGUUCACGCCACUAGCUCGCCUACGCUUCGGCAGUUUGGAGUAGCCCUCUCACCUUCCAUGAAGGCACAACGGAACAACAGAAUACUACCUACGAAUGAUUCAUGUUUAUGACUGAAGUGGAUUCAUAUGUUCAUUUAUUUGCUGGUUCAACACCAGACUGUACUUGAAGUGCAAAGCUUUUUAAUUCAAGAUGGGAUUUCUUUCAGGGGAGACAAACACGUAGUUCUGCACAUACCGUGUGUGUAAAUGCACAGUUGAGCUUGAUGGAGAGCCAACAGCAGAGCGGAGAAGACGUCAGCGGCGACUGAUUAAUUGUCCCGUUCUGUCUAAGAAAUGGGAAGUCGGAUGAACGUUCGUCGCUCAGUUGUUGGCCGCUCCAAUUAGAAAUGGAAAAGCUUUGUGAUUUUGAAUACUUGUUUAUUUGAAUUUAUGAUACCUUUUUUUCAAGUUUUCUUGUGUAACGAUGAGACAUAAUUAAAUGUAGAAUAUAAAUAAGCAAAUAAAUAAAGCACACUAGAAAACAUUUGCAGUGUUUCUUUGGAAAUAAAAAUGUAAUAUUAAAAUUCUGUGACCAUUUGCAUGAAAUAUAAACAAAAACCUAAAUGCAUACUGAAACUGUAAACAUGUAGGUCUAUCCACAUGUUAAUAAAGUGUAUAUUAGGUAG